AUGCAGCUAUCCAUCCUCGCCAUCGUCCUAGGCCUCAGCUCCAUGACCGUAGCCGACGACAUCACCGACGCCUCAUGCAACGUCAACACAAACGUCUGCUACAAGAAUGGCGACAACGCCCAGAUGGCCAUCUGCGUCGGUAGUCCUUGCACGGGUAACUCACGGCAGUGCACGAUCACGAGUGUUGCGCCCGUCGUCGGCGUCCCGGAGGGGGGGUCGGCGACUUGCACGUGA